CAUUGAUUGGCAGCACUGAUAGGCGGCACUGACUGGCACUGAUAGGUGGCACUGAUAUGCACUGGUAUGUGGCAUUGAUGUGCACUGAUGGGAACUGGCAGGUGGCAUUGAUGGGCACUGGAAGGCAGCAUUGAUGGGCACUGACAGGUGGAAUGGAUGGACACUGAUGGAUGGCACUGAUGGGGCUAAACUGAUCAUCAGUGCCCUGAUGAUCAGUGUAAUAUCCUCUCUGAGUAAUGCCGAUUACCGGCUC